UCCCAGUGCGUGGCAGAAAAGGCGGAGUCAGCCCUGCAGAGGAUUUGCGCGCGCUUGCGGCGGGAGCGAGUGCAGAUGGCGGUGGUUUAUGCAUUUCAGCUUCACUGGGAGUGAGCUCUCUCGCUGAGAACGUCUGGUUUGUUGCUACAGAAACUACUGACAUUGCUGAAUUCAGCGGCAGCCGCUUCUUAGGAUAGAGGUAGUUGCUUUCUGCAGAAGUUGCAGGCUUCUUUCCCUAGAAUCGCCAUAGGCUCACGCGCCCACAGUAGGAGAUAUGCCUCGGGGUCGGAAGAGUCGGCGCCGCCGUAACGCAAGGGCCGCAGAAGAGAACCGCAAUAACCGUAAGAUCCUAGCCUCAGAGCCUUCUGAGAUGCCGAUGGCCUCUUCUCUGGCCCCGAGUACCCCGGAGGACGACCUGAGUGACCCUGAGGAAGAUCCUAGCACUCCGGAGGAGGCCUCCACCACCCCUGAGGAAGCCUCCAGCACUGCUCAAGUGCAAAAGCCCUCGGUAGCCCGGAGCAAAUUUCAAGGCACCAAGAAAAGUCUCCUGAUGUCCAUAUUAGCCCUCAUCUUCAUCAUGGGCAACAGCGCCAAGGAGGCCCUGGUCUGGAAAGUGCUUGGGAAGUUGGGGAUGCAGCCUGGCCAGCAGCACAGCAUCUUUGGAGAUCCAAAGAAGGUCGUCACAGAGGAGUUUGUGCGCAGAGGGUACUUGAUUUAUAAGCCGGUGCCGCGGAGCAGUCCCGUGGAGUAUGAGUUCUUCUGGGGACCUAGAGCACACGUGGAAUCCAGCAAGCUGAAAGUCAUGCAUUUUGUGGCAAGGGUGCGUAACCGAUGCUCCAAGGACUGGCCAUGUAAUUAUGAUUGGGAUUCCGAGGAUGAUGCAGAAGUUGAGGCUAUCCUCAAUUCAGGUGCUAGGGGUUACAGCGCACCUUAGGGAAAUCUGGGGCAGACCCUUGAAGAGGGUUGGAAACAUCAAAUGUACCCCAAGAAGUAAAUUAGCUGGGUUUUGUGUUGAAUAUGAUGGGAAAAGGGGGCAUUUGGUAGUUGUGAUCAGUGCUGUUUAACUGCAAUAUAGAGGGUUUGCUCUGGAUAUUGUAUGACUGUAUACAUUUUAAUAUAGUGCUGAUUAAGGUCAAAUUCUGAUUAAAGUAUGAGUGCAGAAAAGAUAUUUUUUCUUUUUUUCUGUCACUGAGAUUUAGUGUAACAGUUUUGCUAACGUUGUAAAAUGAGUCCAUCAUAGUCUGUGAUCUGAUACAUAUUUUAUAUAAUUGAAAUAGGCUAUUCUUGAAAGUUGGAAAUAACCAGUAAUGUGAGAGAAGGAUGGGGAAUUCUUUUGUCUGACAUUUCUGAAACCUUUGUUUCUCCUGUUGUGUAAAGAAAACUGCCAACUACUGUGAUUUUACUUACUCUGCCAUAUAAGAAAGAAAAAAAUAAAAGCAUAAUGACAAGGA